AUCCCGACUGGCACCAUGCACAGACUCUGGGCUCUCGCCCAGCGGCCCCGCCUCCCAUGUAGAACACUCCACUCCACCACCGUCAAGAGGGCAGCCCCUGCAGCCGAGGCUAGCUCCUCGACGGCCGUGGCGAAGUGGACACCGACGUCGGUGCGCACAGGUGUAAUUGCCCGCAAGCGAGGCAUGCUGGUGAUGUGGGAUGGCCAUGGCGCUCGGUUUCCAGUGACGGUGCUUCAGCUUGAGAACUGCCAAGUCACGGCGAACGUCAAGACAGUCCGGAAAGACAAAUCGGAAUACCAUGCUGUUCAGGUCGCAGCUUCGGACAGGCGGGAAAAGACCACAACGAAUGCAAUGCUUGGACACUUCAGGAAUGCCGGCGUGCCUGCGAAGUAUAUCGUGAAGGAGUUCCCCAUUACGCCGGACGCACACGUCCCAGUUGGGACAACCUUGUCAGCUAUCCACUUUGUCCCUGGGCAGUUUGUGGAUGUGAUUGCUAAAUCGAUCGGGAAGGGUUUCGCAGGCACAAUGAAGCGGUGGAACUACAAAGGUCUCCGGGCUAGCCAUGGUGUAUCCGCUGCACAUCGUUCACAAGGUGCCAUCGGUGCCCACCAGGAUCCUGGUCGUGUCUGGCCUGGCAGGAAGAUGGCUGGUCGUUUGGGAGGCGAGCGGACGACGACGCAGAACCUUGCCGUCGUGCGUGUCGAUACCGAACUUGACCUUGUCUUCGUACGCGGGUGUGUGCCCGGUAUCGACGACGCACACGUCAUGGUGCGAGACGCGAAGAAGAAGAUGAUACAGACGGCCCAGCACGAGUACGCGAAGGGUAACAUGGAGAAGAUCUUACCGAAGGGGUUUGAAACUCUGCCCUUCCCCGCGGGUACGAAGGAAAUGGCCGCGCAGCUUCCUCCGGUGAUCGAAGCGCCGACACUUCGUCGCAGUCCAUUUAUUCCUCAGUCAUAGGUCGUGCAUUAGCCUUCCCGUAAUAUUAUCUUCAUGGGCAUACUGUAUACGUCGUCUGUGCGUCGAGUGCAUUGCGUCCAUCGCAGUCUUGUCUCAGAACGGGGCCUCGGGCUAUGGUACUCUGGGUUUGAUCCGGGUUACCGAAGAGGGCAGUCGUAGAUCGUCAUGCAGACUUCCGCCACCUUGC